CUUAGCUUGAGAUAUUAUUCUCUCUUCUCUUCUGGAACUUAGCGAGGUGGUGAUUUUAACUUCUUCCCUUUUGGAGAGGAUACACGUGCCGAAACUAACCACAGCCUUCCACACGUGUGCUAUGGUUUUUGUCUGCACCUGCAAUAGCCUAAAGGAAAACAAAAGGUGAUCAUAGAAGAAGGGAAAAAAGAAAAAAACUUAUAGUAAAAGUUGGGUAUCUUGUUGGUUUUUUUCUCUGUGCUCUUUUCAGAGAUUCAGUCAUGUUGUACAGAUUUGGGCCCCCACAUGCUUCCCCAAAACCCACUUUUUAAUUCAGUUCAUUCUCUAGCUACCUUUCGUUUCAACCCUUCAACUCCAUUUCCCUGUUAUACUGUACAGUGUUCAAGAAUUUCCCUGUUCAACAGUGCUUGAGGAAGGUGAUUUUGCAAGAGUUGGAAGAUUCCACUGAGAAUUUCAUCUCUUUGCUAAGUUUUCUUUGCUUCUAGUUGCUCCCUUCUGUAAAUCUCACCUAAGAAUUCUUGAUUAACUUGGCUUGAAUGUCUAAUUUUGCAUUGUUAAUGGCAGAAUUUGAGUUUGGGGAAGUUGAGGCCAUACUUAUUCUGAGUGUCUAAAAGUUCAGUGCUUUGUGACAUUAACCUACGCAGAAAGAUGCAGAAGCCUCUUCAACCUCAUGAUUUUGCUCUUAAAGAGACCUAUCCAAAAAUAGGUGCAGGUUCGAUAAUGGGCGACAAGCUCUCUUGCACAUAUGACCUUGUGGAGCAAAUGCAAUACCUUUAUGUUUCUGUGGUGAAAGCUAAAGAUUUACCUGGAAAAGAUGUCACUGGUAGCUGUGAUCCAUAUGUGGAAGUGAAACUUGGAAAUUAUAAGGGAACAACUAAACACUUUGAGAAGAAGUCCAACCCUGAGUGGAAGCAGGUUUUUGCGUUCUCAAGAGAACGAAUCCAAGCGUCUCUUUUGGAAGUGAUGGUGAAAGACAAGGAUUUUGUAAUAGAUGAUUUCAUGGGGCGGGCUAUUUUUGACCUCAAUGAUGUUCCAAAACGCGUCCCUCCCGACAGUCCCCUGGCACCGCAGUGGUAUAGACUAGAGGAUCGAAAGGGGGAUAAGGUCAAAGGAGAGCUUAUGCUGGCUGUUUGGAUGGGAACUCAAGCAGAUGAAGCAUUUCCUGAUGCCUGGCAUUCGGAUGCCGUGACUGUGGGCUCUGAAGCCAUUGCUAGCAUCAGAUCAAAGGUUUAUCUUUCUCCCAAACUUUGGUAUGUAAGAGUAAAUAUCAUUGAAGCUCAGGAUUUACUACUGAGUGAUAAAAGUAGGUAUCCAGAAGUUUUUGUGAAGGUUAUUCUUGGGGCUCAGGCUUUAAGAACUAGGAUAUCUCAAAGCAAAACUAUAAAUCCAUUGUGGAAUGAGGACUUAUUGUUCGUGGCCGCUGAGCCAUUUGAGGAGCCUCUGCUUCUGACAGUAGAAGACCGGGUGGCGCCAAACAAAGAUGAAAUUCUUGGGAGGUGUUUGGUUCCCCUGCAAAACGUGCAGAGGCGAUUAGAUCAUAAACCUGUCAACACUAGAUGGUAUAAUAUGGAGAAACAUGUUAUUUCAGAUGGUGAACAGAAAAAGGAAGUUAAGUUUGCCAGUAGGAUUCACUUAAGGAUUUGUUUGGAUGGUGGGUAUCAUGUGUUGGAUGAAUCAACUCACUACAGUAGCGAUCUUAGGCCUACUGCAAAGCAGUUGUGGAAGUCUAGCAUUGGGAUUCUUGAGUUGGGAAUUCUAAGUGCUCAAGGGCUGAUGCCAAUGAAGAUGAAAGAUGGCAGAGGGACGACGGAUUCUUAUUGUGUUGCAAAAUACGGGCAGAAGUGGAUACGAACGAGGACUAUUGUAGACAGCUUCGCUCCGAGGUGGAAUGAACAGUACACUUGGGAGGUUUUUGAUCCCUGUACUGUUAUUACUAUUGGGGUGUUUGACAAUAGUCAUAUAGGUGGAGGAAGCGGAGUGAAAGAUUCAAGGAUUGGGAAGGUGCGAAUUCGGCUAUCGACUCUUGAAACUGAAAGGGUCUACACUCAUUCAUAUCCACUUCUGGUCCUUCAUUCUUCAGGAGUGAAGAAAAUGGGUGAAGUUCAGUUGGCUGUAAGGUUUACUUGUUCAUCUUUGAUUAACAUGUUGCAUAUGUACUCCCACCCAUUGUUGCCAAAAAUGCAUUACAUUCAUCCUUUAUCGGUAAUUCAGCUCGAUAACUUAAGGCACCAGGCAAUGCAAAUUGUCUCGAUGAGACUAGGCCGUGCCGAGCCUGCAUUGAGGAAAGAGGUUGUUGAGUAUAUGCUGGAUGUGGAUUCACAUAUGUGGAGCAUGAGGAGAAGCAAGGCCAAUUUCUUCAGAAUAAUGGGAGUUUUAAGUGGGUUGAUUGCUUUAGGUAAAUGGUUUGAUCAUAUUUGCAACUGGAAGAACCCCAUCACAACAAUAUUAAUCCACAUCCUUUUCAUCAUUUUAGUUCUUUACCCCGAGCUCAUACUUCCAACUGCCUUCCUCUACCUUUUCUUGAUCGGAAUCUGGAACUUCCGGCGGAGGCCUAGACACCCCCAACACAUGGACACCAGGUUGUCUCAUGCUGAUGCAGCUCAUCCUGAUGAACUAGAUGAAGAAUUCGAUACUUUUCCUACAUCCCGAUCUUCAGAUAUCGUUCGGAUGAGAUACGACCGCCUACGGAGCAUAGCUGGGAGGGUGCAAACCGUGGUAGGGGAUCUCGCAACUCAAGGAGAAAGAUUUCAGUCACUAUUGAGCUGGAGAGACCCAAGAGCAAGUGCUCUUUUCAUAACUUUUUGCUUAAUUGCUGCUAUAGUUCUCUAUGUUACACCAUUCCAAGUUAUCAGCCUUGUUUCUGGCAUUUAUGUUCUGAGGCAUCCAAGAUUUCGGCACAAACUUCCCUCAGUUCCUUCGAGCUUCUUUAGGAGAUUGCCUGCAAGAUCAGACAGCAUGUUGUAAGCAAAGCAGAAGAGGCUGCCUUGAAUUUGUGUUUCAUUUGCCCUCUUAUUUAUUACAACAUUCAAUUAAUUAGAUACCAUCUACUUCGUUAUAUCUGUAAAAUGGUGCAAAGUGUUCAAAUUCCAUCUCCUUCAAAAGUCAAUGUUGAAAGCCAUUGACUCUUUAUUUUAUUAAUUUAACAUGUUGCAUCUUAAAUUA